AUGGAUCGGACAUUGCUCAUCUCAUCGAUCUAUCAGGAGGAAGGCUGGGUGGUGUGCCGCGCUUUCCAGAAGCCUAUCCCCAACCAGAGGCCCUUCUUCCCUACCAGCUAUGCCGCCACCGCCGGUUACUACGACCACCACCUCUCAACGACCGCACGGCUGCACGUCGACGGCCAUUUCCUGGGCUCAUCAUCACCACUGCUACAACUCCCUGCAGCAGGCGCUGUAGGCAGCAGCUUCCCGCCUUCGUUAUACUCCGACGAUGACUUCGAGUCCAAGAAGCAUAUGUUCAGUAUCCCGCCGCUGGAGAGCCCCACUGCCAUAGCCUACUGUUCCGACGGCGGCGGCUACGCUGCAGCUGCGCAGAGAAGCAGCUACGAUGAACAUGAGCUCAUGAUGCAGCAGGGAGGAGGAGAGCAAGCUGCAGCCGCUGCCGGCGCCAUCGACUGGAACUUUCUGGACAGCCUGCUGUCCGCGACGUCGCAACUCCAUGAGCCCUCGGGAUCCUUGUUGCAGUGA